AUGGCUAAAAUUCGUCGUGGACCCAGAGUAUUGCGUAUUAUGUGGUUAACAUUUGUGCUUAGUAUGACAUUCCUAUUAUUAAGUGCAACUGCUCUGUUAAUUAAAGAUUUUUUAAACUAUGAUGUCAGUGUACACACUCAACUGAUCAUUGAUAAUCCAUCACCAUUUCCUGCGCUUACUGUAUGUCAUCAACCACCAUUUUCAUAUGAAGCAUAUAAACUGUGGAAUGAAUCAAAAAUUUUAUCACCUUCACAAUAUAAUUUAUAUAUGCGGAAGUUAAUUCUUAAUGCUUUAUAUGAAAAUGAUAUUGACUCAGCUAGUUCAAUAUGGAGUUAUGAUAGUUUAAGUGUAUACUAUCAAAAUUUGGACUAUAAAGAAUCUUUAAACUUGGGUCAUAGUCCAACAAUCUUCUUAAACUGUAUGCGAAUUUUUUCACAUAUGUCAACUUUUGAAGAUAAUUGUACACUUUUAAGUGGUUAUCGAAUAAAACGUCUGUCACAUCAUCAAUAUUUAAAUUGUUACACUUUUGAACCUAUUGAUACAAAUGCAGCUAAUGAAACAACCUUUUUAAGUCUUAUUGUCGGUAUGGGUCCUAGAGAUAAAGAUGUGAUAUUACAACAAGCUUUCCUACCAGAUGUAUUUGAACAGGCUCGUGGUCUUCGUGUUGUAAUUCAUGAAGCUGGUACUAUGCCUGAUUUAGAAAGGAAUGGAAUACAUGUGGAACCCGGUAAACUAAAUGAAAUCAAUUAUGAACCUGUAAGAUGGAAAAAAAUGAAUACACCUAAAAGACCAUGUAUAAGACCAAAUGAGUCACAUCAAUACACAGAUUUAGAUGAAAGAUAUAACUAUACACAUACUCAAUGUUUAUUAGUUCAUCAACAAAUAGAAAUUAUGAAGAAUUGUCAUUGUAUAUAUGUAAUGCAUCCUAGACUAGUAUUACCUAAUCAGAAUUUACCUUAUUGUGGUCGACUAUGGCCUCAUUUAAAUCAAAGUGAAUUCAUUAAAAAGAUUCUCUGCCUUGGUAAAUAUUUAGAUAACUCAGUUAAACAAAAAUAUGAUGGAUGGGCAUGUUUUCCACGUUGUGAAUUUUAUGAAUAUGAAAGUACAACAUCUGUUACAAAAUGGCGUGCAUAUCCAUGGCAAUUAUAUUGGCUUCGAGUACAAAAUCAAGCUACUCAAUGUGAAUUUAUUAAACAUUCUAAUAAAAGUUUUUUUGAUAUUUCAUCAUUCUUACCAAAAUGGCCACCAGAAAAUUUAGAUUUGGACAGUGAAGAUUUUGCUUAUGUUAUAUUAAAACGUAAAUCACAUAGUACAGUUGAAAAGACUGAAAAAUUAGUCUUAAGUCUUUAUGUACUUGUAAGUCGUAUCGGUGGUUUAUGCUCAGUGACAAUUGGAUUAACUGCAGCUUUUAUAGUUGAAUUAUUUGAAUUUGGAUAUUUAUUAUAUAUAAAUUCUAUAAGAAAAUCAUCUGUUGUUCAAACAAAAAAAUGUAUAGAACUGAAUCAAUUAAAACAAAUAGAACAAGAUAAUACGUGUCAACAAGAUAAUAUAAAUUCUCUUUAG